AUGGAGAGUUCGCUUGGGAUUUUGUUGGUGCUGAUAAUUUCAACCACCAUUCAUAUUGGUCAAUCUCAAGACCAAAAAGGGUUCAUCAGUUUGGAUUGCGGGCUACCUGCAAAUGAACUGUCUCCUUAUACCGAGGCUCAUACUGGACUGUUGUUCUCCUCCGACGAAAAUUUCAUACAGAGCGGAGAAAAUGGCCAAAUCCAAGCAAGCUCAGAGAGCGACUUCUGGACGCCAUACAGAACGCUGAGAUAUUUUCCAAAUGGAACACGAAACUGUUACAAUCUGAGGGUUGAGAAGGGCAGGAAUCAUUUGAUCAGGGCUUUCUUUAUGUAUGCAAAUUAUGAUGGUUUUGAUACUAACCCGAAUUUUGAUCUGUAUCUUGGACCUAAUCUGUGGGACACGAUAGAUUUGCAAGGACAAGUGAACGGUUUACGGGCCGAGUUGUUGCACAUUCCAAUGUCAAACUCGUUGCAGAUUUGUCUGGUUAAGACAGGGACGACUAUUCCCUUCAUAUCCACCUUGGAGAUACGGCCAAUGGGAAGUGGUAGUUAUAUCACUGAUUCUGGUUCCCUCAAACUUUUGUUUCGGAACUAUCUUAGAGAGUCAAAGAAUUUCAUAAGGUACCCGGACGAUGUCUAUGAUCGCGUAUGGAUUUCUUCCUUCAGAAACGAAUGGACCCAGAUUUCAACCACUCUCCAAGUGAACAAUUCAAACAUUUAUUCUCCACCCAAAGCAGCACUCACAACUGCUGCAACACCUACUAAUUCCGAUGCCCCACUGACGAUCAAAUGGAAUUCGAGUAACGUUAAUAACCAAUAUUACUUGUAUACACACUUUGCUGAGAUCCAAGAGUUGUGGACCAACGAUACCAGGGAAUUCAACAUGACUUGGAAUGGAGAAUACUUUUUCGGCCCUCUAGUUCCUCCGAAAUAUUGGGUUUAUACUGUCUUUAGCAAAUGGGGGGGAAGCUGCAUAGGAGGGGAAUGCAGUUUUGAGCUGACGAGAACCAACCGAUCAACUCUUCCACCUCUGGUUAAUGCUCUUGAGGUCUACACAGUUAUCCAUUUUCCUCAGUCUGAAACAAAUGAAACUGACGUAAUUGCUGUCCAAAACAUCAAAGCCAUAUAUGGAAUAAGUAGAAUCAGCUGGCAAGGUGAUCCUUGCGUCCCUCAAGAAUAUAUGUGGGACGGCUUAAACUGCAGCACCACAGAUAAGUCUACACCACCAAGAAUCACUAAUUUAGACAUGUCUUCUAGUGGUCUAACUGGAAACAUUACGGAAAUCAUUCAGAAACUUACGUUACUAGAAACUCUAGACCUGUCCAAUAAUAAUUUGAGUGGAGAGGUGCCAGAGUUUUUAGGCAACAUGAAAUCUUUGGUGUCCAUAAACAUAAGCAGGAACAAUCUUAGUGGUUUGAUUCCUCAGGCUCUUCAGAGAAAAGGACUUGAGUUAUAUUCUCAAGGGAACCCAAGACUUUGUCUCUCUGGUUCAUGCCUACCUCCUAAACCCAAGCCAUUUCCAGUGGCAAUUGUGGCAUCAGCUACAUCUGUGACCAUUAUCAUUGCUGUUUUGGUACUUACUAUUGUUUUAAGAAAGAAAAAGCCACCAACUAUAGGAGAUCAACAACAACCGCCUAGUAUAUCGUCUGUGAAUAUUACGUAUGCAAAUUCACCAGUUUCAUCAAUCCAAACCAAUAAGAGAAGUUUUACGUAUUCAGAGGUCAUUUAUAUGACAAACAACUUCCAAAGGAGUGUUGGGGAAGGAGGAUUUGGUAUCGUCUACCACGGUACUCUAAAUGGUUAUGAACAAGUAGCUGUUAAGCUCCUUUCUCAAUCAUCAACUCAAGGCUAUAAGCAAUUCAAGGCAGAAGUUGAUCUUCUUAUGAGAGUUCAUCACACAAAUUUGGUAAACCUGGUAGGAUACUGUAACGAAGGUGAUCACUUGGCUUUAAUAUAUGAGUUUGUGCCCAAUGGGAACUUAAGACAACAUCUGUCUGGGAAAGGAGGUAGAUCCAUUAUCAAUUGGGGUGUUCGACUACAAAUAGCUGUGGAUGCUGCAUCAGGGUUGGAGUACUUACACAUUGGGUGCAUACCACCAAUGGUUCAUAGAGAUGUUAAAGCCACAAACAUAUUGUUGGACGAGCGGUUUAAGGCUAGGCUUGCUGAUUUUGGGCUGUCAAGAUCUUUCCCAGCAGGAGAUGAAUCUCAUGUUUCGACGACGAUUGCUGGUACUCCUGGAUACCUUGAUCCCGAAUAUUACCAUACAAAUCGGUUGACUGAGAAGAGUGACGUGUACAGCUUCGGGAUUGUGUUACUAGAGAUGAUCACAAACCAGCCUGUGAUUGACCAAUCCCGUGAAAAGUCUCACAUAACAGAAUGGGUUGUGUUUGAGGUAAAUAGCGGGGAUAUUAGGAGUAUAAUGGAUCCAAAAUUUCAAGAAGACUACGAAUCUGAUUCUGUAUGGAGAAUUUUUGACUUGGCAAUGUCAUGUGUAAAUCCUUCUUCCAAAAGACGCCCAAGCAUGUCUCAGGUUGUUGUGGAACUGAAAGAGUGCCUUGCGUCUGAAAAAUCCAGGAGAAAUAUGAAUAGAGGCAGGAUGGAACCUCAUAGUUCGGCUGAAGUGACCGUGCUCGUGGACACUGAGAUGUUUCCUGUAGCAAGAUAGGAUGAGUCUUUAGGAUCUGAAGAACCUACAUGUGUUGCCAUAUUAUGCUUUUGGAUAUAGAAGUGUUGCCCAAAAUGGAAAAAUAAGAGAUUAAGAUUUUAUGAAGAAUUUUGUUAGAUUAAGAUUUAUU